AUGAGGAACCAGUUAGGUAUCGUCAGAGUACUCGUCUCGCCAACAUGUCGUCUUUUCCACUGGUUCGACACGACACAUGACGAAACCGGUGUCGUCGUACUCUCAGUACGGCACUUUCCACCCAAGAUAUAUCCAAGUACUUCCAAGCGGUGUGUAGUUCAGCUGGAAACACCGACAUCGAACCAUGUUGCUGCGUUUCAGGGGGCACACAACCGCUCUGACAAGUUCCAUUUUCAAUCACCAGCACCACCUCGCGACGGAAGCAAGGAAGAUUGA